CUAAUUACGAGGAAGUUGAUCUUCCUCUGUGUUCACUCCUCCGUCCGUUACAUCCCGAGGACUUCUCCGGACAGUCGAAUACCCCGACCAUCAUGGCAGACUCCUCCAACCCCAAGCCCGCGGAGACUGCAGGGCCCGCUCAGUCCGCGGCCUCGAAGCCCGCCUCCAAGCCUGUCAACCCUGCCUUCAGGAUGAUGGGUCUCCCCAACAUCAAAUUCCGCCUCCCCUCCCGGAACUGGAUGAUCUUCUGGACCAUCACCGGCUCGUUCACCGCGGCCCUGAUCUACGACCGUCGAGAGAAACGCCGCGCCCAGCAGAAAUGGUGUGACCUGGUGGCGCACCUAUCCAAGGAGACGCUGCCCGUGGAGCAGAUGCGUCGCAAGAUUACCGUCUUCCUGGCCGCGCCGCCCGGGGACGGGCUCCGGGUCGCCCGCGACCACUUCAAGGAAUACGUCAAGCCGAUCCUCGUCGCCGCGGCGGUCGACUACCAGGUCAUCGAGGGCCGGCGCGAGGGCGAGGUGCGCGCGGGCCUGGCCGAGCAGAUCCGCAAGACGCGACGCCGCGCGGGCGAGCCCAGCUCCGUCGUCGAGGAGCCCAGCGUCGAGGGCGUCGUCUACGACACGCGCACGCACCUCGGCAUCACGGACGAACCGGGCCCCAAGGGCGAUCUGGUGAUCGGCCGACACACCUGGAAGGAGUACAUCCGGGGUCUGCACGAGGGCUGGCUCGGCCCUCUGGAUCCCCCUCCUGCACCCACCGAAGACGAACAACAACAACAACCACCCUCACCCCCCGUUCCCGAAGACGGUGCCCCCGAAACCCCCGAGAAGCAAGAAGACACCACGCCCUCCGAAGAGCCAAAGAAAGAGGAAGAGAAGACGAAGAAACCUACCGGUCCGACCCCAACCUACCUCCCCACCAGCGCCUACGACCAGCAACCCCUCCCGCCGACCCUCCCCGCCACCCUCGACGGCUCCGUGCCCAUCGCCUUCCCCCACCUCCUGGGCUUCCUCAACACCCCGAUCCGCAUCUACCGCUACCUGAACCGCCGCCACCUCGCCGACGAGAUCGGCCGCGACGUCGCGGCCCUGGUCCUCGCCUCCUCCAGCCGCCCAUACACCGAAACCACCACCACCACCACCCCCACACCUGACUCCUCCGAAUCCCUCACCACUACGACCACCGACCCCACCCCGAUCCCCGAGCAGCAAACCAUCCUCGCCCCCGCCGAACGCGACUGGCACAAAUCCGUCCACCGCACGGACGAAACCCAACCCGACAAGGAGCGCGAAUGGCUCGAUCCCAUCGUGCUGGACCCCCGGCUCGCCUCCCGCAUGCACCGCUACAUCGUGUCCCCAGAGGAAGAAAGCCGGGCGACCCGCAUCGCCAGCGGUGAGGAAUACAUCCGCGGCGAGGAGCGGCCCGCCCCCGUGCCCGUGUGGCAGCGCCUGUGGGUGAAGUACGGCUACGGCGAGGACGAGGCCACCCUCCAGCGGCGGCCGAUUUUGGGGAACCUCGACAACGAGGAUGGGGAGUAGAAUUUAUGUGCAUGUAUAAGAGAUCUUUGCCGCACGGAUCGGUAUAGAAUAUAGAAGGGAAAGAUGGGGGAUUCUGUUUUGACACAAGUAUAUAGCUAGAGUUUUGGUGAGGUUGAUGUUGUUAUGAUAGGCCUCUUGUGGAAAAGAGGCUGUCGUCCUUGUUGAUAUGAUAUAUCAUUUGUUUUUGUUUUUGUCGUCAUUCUGCAUGGGAAAAGGAACUGUCGCUGCUCUUGGUUGUAUUUCUAUCUUCUUUUUCAUCUCUGG